ACGACCAGUAUCAAUCUUGGCUGGGUUUCCCUUACGGACGCGUGUUACUGGCGUCGCGGAUCCUCUCUACGCUCGAACGCGCUGGAACGCUCGCGUAACGUCGCUCGAGCCGCGAAAAAAGUGUCGUGACGUCGCCAUCGGAGUGCCAGAGGCCAAGAACGUUCAAGGAUAGUCUGAGUGCGUGGCGAGGAUUCGUUUCUUCCUGUGUUCCCAGCGAGUUUCCCUAUUCCUGAAGAUGUAACGUCGACGAAGCGAGAAACUAUCCGACGGCAGUGUCGCCAGUGAUCGAUUGUUCGUAAAUUCGCUAAGUGUCAGUGUCGGUAAAUUCGCUAAGGGUCGCUGGGUUUCUGUGGAACAGUGGAGGGCUUUUCUGCGUAUUGGGAGGACCUUGCCGUGCAGCGACGUGUAAAUGCUGUUGCAGCGGCGGCCAGCGUUUUUAUGAAUUUCGCAGACUUUGACAAAUCGAGGAUGGUCUCCCACGUUAUUCCUGUCGCUGGGGAGUUGCAACAGGGCAAUGGAGGAUUGGGCGUGGUAGGCCUGGAAGGGAUGCAGGACACUCAGCACUUGCUGAAGAUCAAACAGGAGCCAUUCCAGGUGUCCCCACCGUCCCCCCUGCCGUCUCUUCAUCAAGUGAGCAGCUUCGUGCCGGAGAUGCAGAACGGUUGCAUGGGUUCGAAGGAGUUGGACGGGUCGGUGAGGCUGGCGAAGAACCUGACGUCGCACCACGGCUCCCGCGGUCAUUACCACUCUCACCACGGGCUCCACAGUCCCAGCUCGUCCGUGUCGAUGCAUUCGACAGGGUCCGGUCAUCAUCACCAGGAGGAGAAGGGCUCGUCCCCCACGAGCGGGCUCCACAGCACCACGAAUAGCAAUCCUCCGACGCCCUCGGCGCCCUCCGUGCCCGCCACGUCCUCGGACGUGUCCGCUGCCAACUCGGGAAGCGGAAACGACGCCGGGAGCGCCAACGACGCCGCGAACAAGAAGCCACCGUUCAGCUACGUCGCCCUGAUCACGAUGGCGAUCCAGAACACCGCUCAGAAGAGGGCGACGCUCAGCGAGAUCUACGCCUACAUCACCGCCAGGUUUCCCUACUACAAGAUGGACAAGAAGAGGGGCUGGCAGAACUCCAUCAGGCAUAAUCUGUCCUUGAACGAGUGCUUCGUCAAGGUCCCCCGCGACGGAGGCGGCGAUCGCAAGGGCAACUUCUGGACGAUCGACCCGCAGUCCGAGAACAUGUUCGAGAACGGCAACUUCAGGAGGCGUAGACGCAUGAAGCGACCCUACAGGAAUACGCCCUAUCAGAAACCGCUGUUCGACCCCUUUUCCACCACGCACGUCCACCUGGGCCCUAGGAACCUGUUUGCCCACUCGCCACCGUCCUACGCACCGCCUCCGUACACCAGAUACGACACCAGUCCCUGGAGCAUCCAGCAGUCGCAGCUUUCGUACGGCCACUGUCAAUCGCUCCAACCGCAGCUGCAGCCGAUGCAGUCGAUGCAGAUCCCAACGAUGAACGGCUACGGUCAGUUGGGCACCUCCUUAAGCAAUUACCUGGAUGUUCCAGGUGGGACGUCGAGUUCUCCCAGCUCCAUGGGCAGUGGCUCCUUUAGCAGCAGCUUCACGCCCUGUGCCAGGCGACACGACACCGCCAUGUCCACCGAGACGAUGCCUGCCAGAUGCUACUGGCCUGAAAAGACUCUCGUUAACAUUCGAAUGGUGGUAGUGAUAGGACUACUUUGUACCUUAUCGCAGUUUGUGUAUACAUCACAUAGUAAUUGGUGGACAUCAGUAUGCAACACGAUGAAGUUGAAAUACUCUUUGCUGUGCAACAUAUGUACAUGUAUUCUACUUAACUACUACUUUAUAUAUUUAGUAAAUUAAAUUAACAUACAUGGAAUAAUACACCG